AUGGUCCACGCCGACGCUGCUGCCCUCCCGCCCGACGUUGUGACAAAAGCCGACCUCUACGACCACCUCGAAAGGUCACUGGCCUCCCUCAUUGACCCCGACACCGACUGGAUCUCGUCGCUCUCCAACGCCUCUUCGCUCAUCUACAACUCGCUCAACCGCUUCCCGGCAUGGCAGGACAAAAAGAUCAACUGGGCCGGCUUCUACCUCCUCUCUGGCAUCAUGCCCUCGGCGGCCGCCUCGAGAGCAAAGAGAUCUAGGCCCACACUCCUCCUCGGCCCCUUUGUCGGCCUUCCCGCCUGCCAGCUCAUCUUCUCCGUCCCCGGAAAGGGUGUCUGCGCAGAUGCAAGCUCCCUGCUGCCGCCCCGUGUCGUCCGGGUCCGAGACACCGAGGCCUAUCCCAACCACAUCGCAUGCGACUCACUAUCGCGCUCCGAGAUCGUCGUUCCGCUCCUCCUAUCCCGCUCGCGCCUGUCGGAGCAGCAUCGAGCGGCUCUCGAGGCGCAGUCGCCGCACGACGGCUCGGCGCCCACCGAGACCGAAGACCGAUCCUGGGCAGCAAGAGGCACCGAUGAUGAGAUCAUCAUUGGCGUCCUCGACAUCGAUUGCGAAGCACUCGACGGCUUCGACCAGGAGGACGAGGACCGGCUUCGCAAAUUGGCCAGGCUCAUUGUUGAUCGGUCCGCCUGGUGA